AUGCGCGACCCCAAGUGGUGGGCCAAGAAGCAGGAGCAGCAGAAGGGGCUUCCCCUUCAUGAAGCGCCUGCAUACACGAAGCUGGAGGUCGUCAGCGCCAUCUCGAAGGUGAAGAAGGAGUGGGAGAAGCUGAAAAAGACCAAGAAGCCGAAAGAGACGAAGCCCAAGGCGGAGAAAAACGCCACAAAGGACAAGGGCGACAAAGCAGCCCCUGAGGAGCCCCUUCCCACCGACAUUGACUCGGUAGAGAAGGAGUUGGCAUCGAUCUCCGUCAAGAAAAUGGAGGCCGUCGAGAAAGAGGACUUCGAUGCUGCGCAUGUGCUGAAGCAGCGUGAGCAGGCGUUGUCCGAGCAGCUGAAAAAGCUGAAGGCCGAAACUUCCGAGAAGGGCGAACUCUGA